AUGCCAUUCAGAAUCGCCCUCCUCCUGUGCGACACCCCGAACGAUGACGUCAUUGCCGAGUCUGGAGACUACCACCGCAUCUACACCGACUGGCUCGCCGUAGCCCUCCACUCGUACCCCGACAAGGCCGUGUCAGCCAGCGUGGACCUCUUAGUCGACCCGUACGAUGUCGUCAACAAGCAAGAGUAUCCCGCCUGGGAUCGUCUCCAGCACGGCGCACCCGACGCCUACCAUGCAGUCAUGAUGACAGGAUCCAAACACACUGCAUACGACACUGCCAACCCCUUCAUCCCGCCCCUCGUAUCCUUCAUCUCCAAGGUCGCGUCGUCUCCCGAGACCCAGCACGUCAAACUCGUCGGUGUCUGUUUCGGCCACCAGAUUCUGUCUAUCGCGCUCGGCGGUGCCUGCGAGCCUGGUCAGAAUGGCUGGGAAAUCGGCGUCCAUGGCUGCCAGCUUACCAAAGAGGGUAAGUACUGGUGGACUGGCGACGUCGAGGGACAAGGCGGCGAGGACAAGGUGUAUCUCGAGCAGAUGCACAAGGACCACGUCCCGGCUGUGCCCCCUGGCUGUCUUCUCUUGGCCAAAUCUACUCGCUACCCUGUCCACUCUUUCCUCAAACCCCACCCGUCUUCUACCCCCGAGCACCCCUUGGCCCAAGUGCUCACCAUCCAAGGCCACCCCGAAUUCACCCCUUCUAUCGUAGGCCAUAUCGUCAACGCCCGUGCUGCUACGGGUGUAUUCAACGACGAGGUCACCAAAGAGGCCAGGCGGAGAGCCGGUGGCAAGGACGGUACUGGAGGCGAGGGCUUUGGAAGGAUUGGCUGGGCCGUGUGGAGAAUGUUGCUGCAAGACCUCCCACCGGCGUAA